AUCAGAUGUCCCGUGUCUGAAGAGCGAGCUUAACUCCUCAACAGUUCUUUCAUUUCUCCCUUAUUACCAUAUCGAAUUCGACCACUUCUUCUUCGUCUUUAUAUGCACAAGUUUCAAGGCCCUUCAUCCUUCUCUCUCAUCUAUCGAAUUGGAACAGGGUUUUAUCUCCGUUCUCAUUUUGUAAUUUAGAAUUAGGGUCUUUUGUUUCAAUUUUGUAUUUCUUUUUUGUUCACUCAAUUCUGAUAAUUCAAUUCUCGUGUAUCGAAUAAUAAUAGCGAUACUAUUCUCGUAUUGUAAUCUAGUUUCUAUACCUUCGUCGUGCAAUUGUAUGUAAAAUAGGGUUAGGAUUAGGGUUUUUGAUUAUUUUAUUUUUUUGGUAUUUGAUUUGGUGAGCAUGGAGAGUUCACGUAGACCGUUCGAUAGAUCGAGAGAACCGGGUCCGAAGAAGCCCCGAUUGAUGGAUCCGAGUCCGAGUGGCAGAACGUUUCCUCAACGACAAGUGGGUUCUGGGAUUACGACGUUGGCGUCUGCAAGGUUUAGAACAAACAACAGAGACUUGGAAAGCAGCGAUUUUGGUCGUGGUGGUGACGCCGCCAGCGGUGGCGGUUAUCAGCCGCAGCCGCCGCCGUUCCAGGAGCUUGUGGCUCAGUAUAAGACCGCGCUUGCCGAGCUUACUUUCAACUCUAAACCAAUAAUCACGAACUUGACUAUAAUUGCAGGCGAGAACCAAUCUGCAGAGAAGGCCAUUGCCUCCACUAUUUGUGCUAACAUUCUAGAGGUUCCUAGUGAACAAAAGCUGCCAUCUCUGUAUCUCUUAGACAGUAUUGUUAAGAAUAUUGGGCGGGAUUAUAUAAAAUAUUUUGCUGCCAGACUACCUGAGGUAUUCUGCAAGGCAUACAGACAGGUUGAUCCUUCUGUCCAUCAGAGUAUGAGGCAUCUUUUUGGAACUUGGAAAGGAGUCUUUCCUCCUCAGACCCUUCAGGUUAUUGAGAAGGAACUGGGCUUCACUCCUGCUGUCAAUGGUUCAUCUUCCUCAUCUGCUACACUCAGGAGUGAUUCACAGUCACAACGUCCACCUCAUAGUAUACAUGUGAAUCCCAAGUAUUUAGAAAGACAGCGUCUUCAGCAGUCCGGGAAGGAUAAUCAGCGCACUAAUAAAGAUACAUUCAAUGAUUCUGUUCCGGAAAAGACCACUGGUGCAUCAUAUGGAAGCAAUGAAUAUGGUUCUGAUCUUUCAAGGAAUUUGGGCUUGGGUAUUGGCAGAACUGGUGGUAGAGUGACUGAGUUAGGACAUGAUAAAAGUUGGUUCAAAGCAGGUGUUGUUCCAGGGACUGUAUCUGGGCAAAGAAAUGGUUUCAGUCUCAAGAAUAGUUUUUCGAAUAUUGAAUCACCAAAGUCCAUGAUUUUGGAUGCACAUCAUCAGCCAACACAAAACAUAACUAGCACACGCAGCAAUGCGAUAACAAAUAGCUGGAAAAAUUCUGAGGAAGAAGAGUUCAUGUGGGAGGAGAUGAACUCUGGAUUGAGUGGUCAUGGUGCAUCCAGUAUCUCUAACAAUGUGAGCAAAGAUUCUUGGACUGUUGAUGAUGAGAAUUUGGAAGUUGAAGAUCAACUCCAAAUUAGAAAUCCUUUGGGGGCAAAUGUUGAUAGAGAAAUUCCCAUUGAAUGUCUAGCCACUGAAAAGAAACAAAUGCCUGCAUUUCGGCAUCAUCCGUCAUUAUCAUGGCAAUUGCAGGAGCAGCACUCAAUUGAUGAGUUGAAUCAGAAGCCAGGUCACUCAGAUGGAUUUGUGUCCAUGCAUGGUGCCCUGCCAACCAAUACAAAUUCUUCUGCUGGCAGGAUGGGGAAUCGGCCUUUCCUGCCGAAUGCAACAAUAGGAUUAGCGGGACAACAAUUUCAUUCUGUGGGAACUGAAUCCCCUUCUGGGCAGUCGCCUUUGCGACAACCGUCUUCAUCACCGCUAGUAACUAUGCACUACCCUAAUCCAAUGCAAAAUUUGCCCGAUCAAGACUGUCCCCAGACUUUUAAAACAUCGCAAUUUUUGGGAGGUCUGCAGAGCCAAUAUAUUAAAGAGUCUUCCCCUGCCCUUCCUCAUAAUGCUCAGGUUGGUAACUUGAGGAAAUCACAGCUAAAGGACUUGCACGGUCCAUUCUCUUCAAAUACUUUUCAGCCAAGGAAGCAGCAGCAACUGGGUUCUUCUCACACGGAAGUUACUGUUAAGACUGUGAAGCCUCCCCUGUCCAAAGUUAAUCUAGCUAGAGAAACUUUAGAACCGUCAACCACAAGUCGUUUGGAAGCUGCAGCUGUUCAGAGUGGAAUUUUCAACAGGCCAAUUACUAGUAGUCUUCCUACUACAAGUAGCCUGGAUACAGGGAAUCUUCCAUCUCAAUUAGGGGUUCGACCUUGCCGGUCGGGUGGUCCUUCCCCUGCCACAGUAAUUUCUUCAGUGUCCACAAUUGCAUCUCCAUCUUCAUUAGGUCCUCCCAAUGUUAAUUUGUCUGCUAUUCCAAAAAUACCUCAAAGAAAGGCUGGACAACCACCAAGGGCAUCAUCUACUCUACGACCAGCUUCCUCUAAUGUCAGCAGUGCCUCAGCCCUGACUUCAAGCGCCACUGAUAAUAACUUAAAUCCAAUUGCAAACCUUUUAAGCUCAUUAGUUGCAAAGGGUUUGAUAUCUGCAGAAACAGAAUUACUGACGAAGGAACCAUCUGAGAUGCUGAUUCAAUUGGAAGAUCGAAGUGACAGCAUUACCACCAGUAGCUCUUUGCCAGUUGCUUCAGUGUCUGGUUCUGCAGCUGUCCCUGUCCCUUUUACCAAAGAUGAGAUAGAUGAUACUGUAAAAACACCUACAUCCUUACCUGAAGCAAGCAGCACAGAAAUCAGAAAUCUCAUUGGCUUUGAGUUUAAGCCUGAUGUAAUCCGAGAAUUGAAUCCAUCCGUAAUUAGCGGAUUAUUUGAUGAUCUUCCACAUCGUUGCAGCAUCUGUGGCCUUAGGCUUAAAUUCCAAGAACAGUUUAAUAGACACUUGGAAUGGCAUGCCACAAGAGAAAAAGAACAAAAUGGUCUAAUUAGGGCAUCAAGAUGGUAUCCAAAGUCUAAUGACUGGAUUGUUGCCAAGACUGAAUAUUCAUCUGAGAAUGAGUUUACUGAGUCCGUGGAUACAUGUAGCGAGCAAACAGACAGAAAUCAAGAGGGCACAAUGGUUCUAGCAGAUGAAAAGCAAUGCUUGUGUGUGUUGUGUGGUGAGCUAUUUGAAGAUUUUUACUGCCAGGAAAAUGGUGAGUGGAUGUUCAAAGGGGCUAUUUACAUGACUAACUCUGAUAGCCAUAGUGAGAUGGGAAUUAGAGAUGUGAUUACUGGAAGGGGUCCCAUCAUUCAUGCAAGAUGCUUAUCAGAUAACUUGAUAUCCAGGGUCCUUAAGACGGAACAGGAUUAAAGCAAGUUUAGAACAUUGGAACUCUGAUGUAGUUAGAAGCUGAGGGAACGCAGCAUCCGGUUGUAAUACUCGGCGAAGCAAAUGUCGGAUGGCGAUAGACCUCCAUAUCGCUGUGUUUGGGAAGGAUAAUUAACUCAACUCGCCGCAAAAGAUCAAUAUUUUGCUUCUACUCACUCCCAUUCAAGCCCCAAACCCCCGUUCACAUAUGGAAAUCAAACGUCAUACAAAAAUGACAGAAGUGAUUUUGGAUGAUCAAACCCUCAGUGAGUUGUGCCACAACCAAACAUGCUAUCAUUAUAAUUGCAACUAUUCUGGUUUCCCUUUUUGCGUUUUCUGUUCUUAGUCCCCUUUGCAGAGAGGGGUUUGAAAUUGCAUUAUUAUUUGUUACCUGGGCAUUACUUUUCUAAUUUCCUGAAUUUCAGUUUUGUAAACAAUAAUGGAUUAUCGUUAUUAUUGUUAUUAAUAUUUUUGCCCACUACUUUGUUUUUCUUUUUUG